UUCCGGAUCAGCGUGCGCUAGGUAAACAAAGCACAGCACAGAAGACAGGAGUCACGUCAUGUCAGACUGACUGGUCACCUGGCCGCCACCUGUAGUGAGUCCGCUGUGGUUUAUAGUGGGCGGACUGGUGUCCGGCGUGUCAGUGUGUGUCACAGGUAACAGGCUGUAACACAGGUGGACUAGUCAGACAGGUUUGGUCCGGACGCCUUUUGUUCACUUCUUCUCAGGGCGAUGUAGCAGUCAGUCAAGUUACCAUGAAGAUAGUCGCAACUGUAGCGCUUCUACAGCUGUGCUUCUCUGCGACAGUUUCGGGUAAUGGCUCCGCCGAGACGACGCUGACAGCCGCACCGGGCGACAUCGCUCUACUUCCGUGUUACACCGACGGGACCGUGACACCGAACGUGACGACGUGGAUUAAAAACGGACGAGAACUUAUUACAGGUGGAGGUGCCGAGCCGAGCCCUGCGCCCAGCGGGCAGCGCCUCACAGUGCUGCAUGAUGGGAGUCUGAACAUCAGGUUGGUGGUACCUGGUGAUGAGGGCAGCUACCUGUGCAACUCCACCCUACCGGGCGACUUCACCUUUCAUGCACGUGUCCAGCUGCAAGUAACCAGUGGUCCAGAGGGUCUAUCUGCGUCCAUCGGUCCAGCCACUGCCCUGUCCAACGGGACGCUCAUUGCCUAUAAGGGCUCCACAGUCACCUUCAACUGCUCUGGCACCGCCUACCCCUCUGUGCAGCUCUCCUGGGCCUUCAGCGGCGCCUCAUUCAGCAAUGACUCGCUGGUUUCUACCUCUGGAUCCUUCCUGAAGUUCAGGAUGGAGGACAUCCAGCCCAGUGCUCAGGGAGUUUACAGCUGCAGGGCCCAGAACACCUUAACUCACCAGACACUCAAUAAGAGCACAGAGCUGCUCGUGUACUAUGUCCCCGACAGACACCCAGAGUGUAUGUGGGCACCAGCACAGGACCCCUCACAAUUCCAGUUCAACUGCACCUGGUUUGGAGCGUACCCAACACCGACGCUACGCUGGGGGGAGGACGAGGGCAAGCAAGGAGCUCGCUGGAAAGAACGCGUCUACGCCACGGAGGAGACGGACAGCCUGGCGCUGACACUGAACCGCUCCAUGCUGUCCGACGGGCAGACGCUGAGGUGCAUGGUCCAGCACCUAGCCUUAGCUCCAGGGAAGGAGAAGUCCUGUUCGUUCACCCUCAAGCCUCCGUAUCCUGAAGGUGAGCCUCUGGUCACGGCUCAGGAGGACACCAGCAUCACUCUGAUCUGCACUGAGGCCGUCUCCAUCCCUCCUGCAAACACCACCUGGAGAAAGGGGCUCCAGCAGGAGGACAUUAUACCUGGUUCCAAGUACGUGCUGUCUGAGGAAGGCCCCGUCCUCAAGCUGACCAUACUCAACGUCAGCAAGGAUGACGAAGGCGUCUACUUCUGCCGCAGCGAGAACCCCCUCGCCGUCUGCGAGCUGGAAGUCUACCUCACUGUGAGGACCUCCUCUGCAUACACAGGAGCGAUCAUCGGGAUCUUUAUCGCUGCACUGAUCGUGGGCUCGGCCGCAAUCGUAGCUAAAACUGUUUACUCCAGCCGACACAGGAUUUGUCUGGGAGGCGGCUUUGGGCAAGUGGAGGAGGACAGAGGGGACGUGCUGAGUCUGGUGGAGUCUGAUGACGAGCAGAUCUUUCAAGACACUGUCCCCAGGCUGCCUCCAAUAACCAACGGCCGCCACACGACGCUGGUCCAGAUACAUCGAAUCCCAUCAAGUGACCAUGAGGAUGCAGAAACAGCCGAGACGAGCCCAGAGCAGCAGGAAGAAACUGUACAGACAGAAGAGCCGGCAGAUCUUGUAACAUUUUAGGUAUUAGGUGUUUUUAGACAACUGUUUAUUUUAGGUAAAUACCAUUUACUCCCAAUGAGAAUGUGAACAGAAUUGGUGAAAGACUCAUGUAAAAUCUUUAUUUGUUAUUUUUUAAAAACGGGAGUUAAGCUCAUUUCUAUGAUUUGUUUGUACAGUGUUAUGAAUAUGUUGUUGUGACACGUAGAGUUGUGCAGUAAAAGAAGCUGUGUAAACAAAA